AUCACAUCAGAGGGAAAAGUUAGAUUAGAGAAGUUUGAGAUCGUCCAUAAAAACAAAAAAAAAAGGUUUUGCUUUCACGAAAGUCUUUAUAUAAUUUUAACGAUUUUUAACGUCAUUAAACGAGCAUGGCACGAACCCAAAUCCAAGCCUCUUGCCUUAAACAUAUUCUACUUCAUUUAGAGGCAGAGGAUGUUGCACGAUGUGCACAAGUUUCAAGGUUAUGGAGAGACGCCUGCUACGCGGAUUCUUUAUGGAAAGAAUUUUGCGAACAAAGAUGGAAAUACUGGAAGUCAAAGCCCAAGAAAGCAGAUGGGUGGAGACAAGUUUUUCUCGCACGAAUGGCAACUGAUCGAUGGGCGUUCGAAAUUUUAGAUGAAUUAAGUGCCGGAGGUCCAUUCUAUUUGGCAAACAUGAAAAAAUUGAGGCAAUUAGGGGAUAAUUGUCGUGAUAUGUUAAUAUGGGUUAUGGAUAACCCUAACGAGACGACCCUCACUCAUUGUUACUUCGCAAAACGAGCUCUUCAGUUCAUUCGUCGAAGUAGUGUUAUUGAGAAAUGGAAAGCAUGGCGUAAUUAUGAGUUAAAUGUCUCUAAUUUGGAAGGGUUCGCAUUAAUGGCUUCAUUUUACAAUGAACGUUUCGACGUUGCAGAUAUAACCCGUGAAAUUGAUGAAUUGGCUGCAGAAUUUAAUGAAACUUGUAAAAAGGAUCCUCCCGAAUCUCAAUUAGAUAAAUUUAGACGUCUGGCCGAAUUUUUUGGGGAAAAAUAUCCAUCCACUGCUUCCGUUCUAGAUAUUGAAACCAGAUUUUUGUAUUUGGUUACCCCGCUUUUGGAGACAAAACAAAGCAAAGCUUGUUUAAUGACCGUUUUGUUUCAAGAAUUGGCGGGAAAGGUUGGGAUAAAUAAUGUGGAUGUUGUUUCUGAUCGCGAAAAAAUAACGUUUAGAAGGUAUCAUUUUGUUCGAUAUAGGGAUUUUUAUUCGUCAACUCCACUAUUGACGAAUCAUGAUCAUCAGGAGAACGAAGACGAAGAAGAAAUGGAUCAUGAUAUUUAUCAUAUUGAUUUUAAGAAACAUUCUGAGACAGGAGUGCUUACAAUUGAACAGUUUGACAGGCACAGUUCAAAGUUUUAUGGUUCAUAUACACCAGAAUAUAAAUAUAUUCCACAGCGAAGAUUAUUUAGACUGUUUUUGCAGGACUAUUGGCAAAGCCUUACUGCAAUUAGAGGAUAUAAUCGAGAUAUAAUUUAUGGAACUGCAUUGCAGUUACAUUUUAUUAGGUCACCAGAUCAUUUUAAAUCACCCGAUUUUUUAGAAUUUUCACUUGGAGAUAUGUGUAGACUUAUGAAUUUUUGGUGGUCGUUUAUCGCAGCGAGAUAUCGAUACCCAGAAGAUUAUGAAUUAGGAAAAGCAGCAAUAUCUGAUAUUGAACUAUAUAUAUCCACAGGGACGAUGCCCGAGCAAGGAAUGUGGCGAAGAUUAAUUGAAAAUGUGAAAGCUGAUAUUGAAGGUUUGGAAGAAGAUGAUCGUAUCGAUUGGGACUAUGCUUCAGGUCAAUCAAUUCGGGGCCAACUAGGAAAAAAAGAUCCUAAAUUCUUUAUAGGCGACGUUGUUUGUUUUAAAAAAUUUCAUAGUUUAGGUGUGAUAUGUCGCUGGGAUAGAACUUACAAUGCUGAAAUUGCAGCAAAUGUGGCUAAAUUCGUAUGGACGGAUGUUGAAUCACCGCGAAAUGAGCCUUUUUACGAAGUGUUGACCCACCGAGGCUCGUUUUUAUAUUGUGGGCAAAAAACAUUAGUUAUUGAACCAUACGAUUCAGAACGAUUGUUAAGGAUGGUGCCAGCAAGUGUGUAUGGGGACCAUAUAGGAGAUGAGGCAGACUGGGAACUAGCUAAGGCUCUUGGACCGGUAACAACUGAAUUAGUGGGUUGUUAUUUUGAACGGUGGGACCCAGAAAGUUGUAAAUAUAUUAUGAAUGAAGUUUCAGCAAAAUGGUUUCCACAUGGAUGAUACUUCAUUUUAUUUUAUUUUUUUUUAUUAUUUAUUAUGAUCUACUUGUUAUUCGUGACGAUUUUACAUUGGAAUAAAAGGCGAGAAUGCGAUUAUAUUUGGUAUUUACGUUACAUCGAUUACUUGUAAACAUGAGAAAUGAUAAUUUAAACAACGUACGAAAUACAAUGAAUAUUUAUUGGUAUUUAUUUAGUAUUCAAGUAGUAGAAUGUUUAAGACAAUUACGUAUUUUAGCAGUAUUAUUAGGCAUUAUCAAU